AUGGCAUCAGCAACCCAAGUCCAGUCCUUCCGCGAGCUGGUCGGCGUGCCACGCUCCACCGCAUCGGCGCAGGACUCGACGUUGAUCAUCAUCGACGCGCAGAACGAAUAUGCAGAAGGAUACCUGAAGACGGUGAACGUCGACCAGACGCGCAAAGCCAUCGCCUCUCUUCUCGAGAAAUACCGCGCCGGCGGCGACGGCAAGAACAUCGUGCACGUCGCGCACAAGACGCCCGAGGGAACGCCCAUCUUCACGCCCGGCACGAAGCUGGCCGCGGAAUUCGACGAGCUGAAGCCCCGGGACGGCGAGAAGGUGAUUUGGAAGGAGGCCGUGUCCAGCUUCCAGGGCACGGAUCUGCACGAGUAUUUGUCGGGACUGGGCGACAGAGGCAAGAAGACCGUGCUCACCGGCUAUAUGGCCCACGUGUGUGUCUCGACUGCCGCGAGAGUGGGCUCGGAUCUGGGUUAUGAUAUCGUGUUGGCGGCUGAUGCUAUUGGGGAUCGUGAUAUUCCCGGCUUCACUGGGCCCGAGGUUACCAAUGCUGUGCUCAAGGAGUUGGGCGAUGCAUUUGGCACGGUGCUGCAGAGCUCCGAGAUUAAGUGA